AUGGGUGCUAAAAACGACGAGAACCCAAUGACACCGAAGGAGGACGAACAAGGCCUGGAAAUAUCUUUCAGACCUACUGCCAGUCGGCCAGGCUCGGGUGGAGAAACGACUGAACCACCGAAGACAGUUGUUGAUCUGGAAGGUUCCGGCGAGCAUCUCAUAGGUUCGAAGGGAAUCACUAAGGGGAAUCUCGUCAUUACCGUGACCACAGCGACCGAUGCUUCAAAGACGGUGAAUGCUUCCGGCCCACCUUCACAACCACUCGUCAAAGAGGAAGAGGAACGUGGAGAAUCAGGUAGCUUCAAUUCGCGAACCGAAUUUGGCCCAGUUGGCACGAGUGAAGAGCCAGCUGACGGUGCGUUAGUAGUCCUCACGAGCACCGCUGAUUCUAUCGUCGAAGGUGAUAACGUCGGUCUUGAGAUUGUGCAUAGUGGACGGGUUGGAACGACUUUCCCCACCACCGAACUCGGACUGGAAAUAGGUCCUAUGGAAAGAAUUACACCAACCACAACUGGUGAGCCCGAACUGGCCACCGAAGGUGAGCCUGAUAUCGAUACAGAGGGUGUUGACGGUAAACCACCCAGAAAAUCUAGCAAAGGUGUGUCCAAAACGACGGUAUCUGCUACGAGCACUUCGGAAGCACCAGCAACAACUGAAGGUGUUGAAGGAUCAGGGGAAACUCUGACAGCCGAUGCGAGCAGUACUACUGAACAACCCGAUCUUGUUCUCACCAUGGAAACGACAACAACUCAACCUGAUCUGGUACUUUCUAUGGGAACUACCACGACUGCUUCUGCUACGGUUACUCCGAUCUCCAAAGAAGCAGCAUCUACGACGGCAAAGGAAACGUCAACUAAGGAACCCGAAGUGACAAAGACAUCGGCUGCCACGGAAUCAACGACCGUAACUGGCUCCGAGAAGCCGGCAAUGACGACGGAAACUGACGCAGACAAGUCGACGACUGCAGAAACGCCUACAACUGGGCAACCAAAGCAGUUCAGAUCGGAAUCAACAAAACUAGCAAAGGGAACCACCGAUGAAACCCUAUCGAGUACUGCUGCAUCGCCAACCAAGUCUACGACUGAAAGCCCGACUGGUGCAACAGAAGAAACCGAGGAACCAGAAACCGGAGAAACUGACCAAUUCGAAGGUUCUGGAAUCACAAGCAGCAGUGGCGUUUCGAAGACGACGACGGCAGAUGGAGAACUACGAAGAGCCCAAGCACUGGAAGCGACACUCGAAAGAACUGCAACCAGUGAGGGAACAACAAAACGUCCAGAAAAUACCACAGCUGCGAAACCAACUUCUCCCUCUGAAGCUGUCCAGCUCACUAAACAAACGACUGAACAUCCGGAAGGUUCUGGAUCCAGCACCACCCCGCAGAGUCCUGAGACGACUUCAGAGACAACAGAAGUGGUAAGUAAUCUAACGACAGUCAGACCCAAAGAAUCAGAUACAUCUGGUAUUCCUGAUCUUUCUAAAACCACACAGGAAGCGGUUUCGUCGACCUCAGAGCCUCCAGUAGGUACUACAGUCGGAGGCACUAAUGCUCCUUCUGGUAUCACUCCAAAUGGUUCUUCAACAACUGGAUUGCCUACAGAGGAACGGUCUGAACAUCCGGGAGUUUCAGCUGUGUCGGCCUCCACCACUCCUCUCUCCUCUGCUAAUGUUACCAGCAGGCCAACAACUGGACCAGGGCAAGUCACGACUACUGGCCAGUCCCAGUCCACGUCUCCGACCUCCACUGCGGACGUUAGAAAUAAGCCAACAGCUCGACCAGAGGAAGCCUCAACCACUGGUCCGUCCCAGUCCACGUCUCCCGCUUCUAUUACAACCGCUUCCAGUACUGAUGCUGGCAGUAAGCCAACAACCGGACCAGGAGAAGCAUCGACUACUGGUCAGUCCCAGUCUACGUCUGCUGCUUCCACUGCGGCUACGUCUCCACUUUCCACUAUGGCUGCUAGCAGUAAGCCAACAACUGGAUCAGGAGAAGCUACGACUGCUGAUCCGUCCCAUUCUACGACUCCCGCUUCUACCACGGAUGCUAGCACUAAGCCAACUGGACUAGGGGAAGCCGUGACGACUGGCCAGUCCCAGUCUACAUCUCCCGCUUCCACUACUGUUGCUAGUGCUAAGUCAACAACUGGACCAGGAGAAGCCUCAACGACUGCCCUACCCCACCCUACGUCUUCCGCUUCUACCACGGGUGGUAGCAGUAAGCCAACUGGACCAGGAAAAGCCUCGACGAGUGGCCGGUCCCAGUCUACAUCUCCUACUGAUGCUCGUGUUAAGUCAACAACUGCACCAGGAGAAUCCUCGACUGCUGAUUCGUCCCGUUCUACGACUCCUGCUUCCAUCACGGGUAUCAGUAGUGAACCCACGACUGCGCCAGGGGGAGCCUCAACUGCUGGCCAGUCCCAGUCCACAUCUCCCGCUUCCACUACUGAUGCUAGUGCUAGGUCAACAACUGGACCAGGAGAAGAAUCAACGAUCGGCCAACCCCAGUCUACGUCUCCAACUUCCACGACAGAUGUUAGCAGCAAGCCAACAGCUGGUCCAGGGGGAGCCUCAACUGCUGGCCAGUCCCAGUCUACAUCUCCCGCUCCCACUACUGUUACGUCAACAACUGGAUCAGGAGAAGCUUCAACUACUGGCCAGUCUCAGUCUCCAGCUUCUUCUACGGAUGUCAGCAGUAAGCCAACAACUGGGCCAGGAGGAGCCUCGACCACUAACCAGUCCCAGUCUACGUCUCCCGCUUCCAGUACUGACGCUACUGCUAGGUCAACAACCGGAUCAGGAGAAACUUCAACUGUUGCCGAGUCGAAGUCCACUUCAGAUGGUACCUCUUCAACUACCGAACUGCCGUCAAAGUCUAUAUCAAAACAACCAGAAGGAACAGAAUCCAAGGUCACUUCCGAUCGCCCUGGGUCCUCUCCAGAACCAGCAGACCUAGUAAGAAACCUGACGACUGCAAGCCCAGAAGCCACAGCCACUCCCGCAGGCACUUCUGCUUCGUCUGGAACAACACUGGGAGCUGCAUCAUCUAUUUUGACUUCAGCCACUACUCCUACAAUUGGAGCAGUGGUAGCUUCUACAGCUACAACGAUCACAAGCUCCUCGGAAACGACAAAGGAGGGUCUUCCUUCUACCUCAGAACCGUCUACGAAGACUGAGCCUCCAGUGACCAAAAGUGUGAUCUCCGAGGGCACUACGACCAGCACUCCUGCAGGAAAGGUUUCUAAGGAAGCGUCUGCUACGACAGAGCUGCCUACUUCCCCAGUAGGAACUGCCGACUUUUCCAAGACGACGUCCGCACCGCAGUCUUUAAGUACAACUGAGGCCGCGAAGCCUACCACACAAAGUCCAGACAAUGCCACAGCACCCACUGACAGUUCUAAAACCACACCAGAUAGCCGUUCAGUGUCUACCGAGGGUCCUGUUCAACCCAGUUCUGAGCAGCCGACUGGUACUGAAUCCAUUGAAGAUGGUGACCUUCUUGGAACGACUUCUGAGCCUCAGUCUACUACCACGAAGUUACCAGCAGAAACAACUGCUACUGGGGCGACUGGAACAUCUUCAACUCAACCUUCCACUUUGAAAGUUGAGACCAGUUCUUCUGCGACUUCCCCUGCACCCACUUCUGGCAUUUCAGGCUCAACACAGGCAACAGUACCUCCUGCUGAAGCAUCGUCUUCACAUCCUACAGCAGCCGCAACGAUUAUUCCAGAUUCUUCUGAAGGAAAUGAGCAUGAGAUUGUCGAUGGAAAACAGCCGACUACCAACGGAGUUGUGGGAGCAACGACACCCGCAGUGACAGCUGGAGGUUCUUCCAGCUCCACUCCAGCUCCUGUCGAUUCUACGCCCAAAGACGAGGAUUUGGAAGGACAUUCGUCGACAUUAAUACCAAAGCAGAAUCGCGAGCCGGUCACCGAGGAUAUCCAGGAAUUUUCAACUGACGCUCUUCCCACGAAGGACACCUUCGCGCUUGUUACAGUUACAACCCCACCACCUCCUGAGCUGGAACCCAGCAAUACAACGAAGUGCACAAGUAGUGACCAAUGCGGAGACGAUGCGUAUUGCGAAAGAAGGACUGGAGCAUGUCGUUGCUAUCCAGGAUUUGAAGGAGCACCACCUUCAAGAGAAUGUAGAGAUGUGGAUGAAUGCGCUACUGGCCUUCAUAAAUGUGACCAGACUGCCAGAUGUCACAACUACGUUGGAGGAUACGCUUGUUUCUGCCCGAUGGGUUACAGAAAAAUGGAUAAAGGCGUAUGUGUCGGUAAGUUCACAGAAGCUUCUCAAACCAUGGAAAUUCACAGGGAAAAUCCGGGGGAAAAGGUCUGGAUCAGAGUGCACUAUCGAGGAUUCCCGUCAAAAAAUCAUAAAAAAAUUGAAAAAAUUAGAAGGUACAUGAAGUACGACUGA